AUGUAGCAAACUCGAUCGCCUUUGUCACCCAUCGAUUCUAACCAGAACACUUAUAGAUCUCAAGCUUCUAAGACCCAAGAUCUGAAUUAUUAGCUUCAAUUCUAAAUAUCAAAAUAAAAACUUUCGACAGUUCCUGAUUCUCGAUAAGAUAGUAAUACUGCUUAUAUGAGUCCUAGAAAUACUAAACUAAAAACUUAAACCUUUUUUUCUCCAAAUUGUAGAUCACCCUUAACAACCAGGAAAGAAAUAAAUGCAAUUUAAUCUCCUUAUAACUUUUCUAUUCAUUCAGCUAAAUCACCUGUUAAAAUAGGAAAUAAUGUUUCUCAAAAUAUAAAAUCAGAACUAGAUUAUUUUAAAUAAAAUAACAGCAAUCUCUAGAAGCAAAUCCUUAAUUUGACAUCUGAAAUUUAACGCGGAUAAUCAAAUACUCUCAUAAAGGAGUUAAAAUAAAAAAUCUAACUGUUGACUUAGAUGAAUGAUAAGUUAAAUUAAGAGAAUAAAGAAUUGCAAUAAAAAGGGAACUUGAAUUAACUUAAAUAAAAUAUAGAAUAGCAAAUAAAAUUAAAAAAAGAAAAUGAAAAGAAAUUGAAUGAAAUUAAAGAGAAUUAAAAAAAAUAUGAGAUUUCUUAGUUUGAACUUGUGAAGAACACUACAACUGACUAUAUCACUUAAUUGAUUCUUGAUUUGGAGGAAAGAGUCCACAUUUUGAUUAUUGAAAAUGCCAAUUUAAAUAAAGUUUUUAAUUAGAAAAUUAGAUUAAAUGAAAGAUUUAACACUUUGGAAUUGUAAUUGAAAUAAGCUUAAGUGUAAUUUUAGCAAAUAAAGGUUGAAGAAAAACUAAUAAAAACAAAAUAUAAUUAAAUAAAGAAAAAAUGA